AUGGCCCACAUAGACGCUAGGGUUACGGCAUUGGUUAAUUUUCCAAUAUCCAUUUAUCCUUGGUCCAAUAGUAGCUUGAUCUUGCAAAAGAGUUCAAACCUACUUGCAAGUAACCAACAGGAUCCGUUGCAACAAUCUGCAGCAGCCGCUGAUCUAUCUGAACAGUUAGCUCAACUUGAUGAUUCAGUGGAUAACCAAAUAGCACAAACUGAAUCAGAUUCCAAUGCAGAAAAUCCGGAGAGCCAACUAGCAACGAGAAAGCCUAAAGCUGCUGAUUCUCAAACUGGACCUACUGCAGUCAAUGACCCUGUCGCUCACAAAUUUGUAAAUUGUAUGAUGUAUGAUGGAAAGAAAUCAUUAUCAAGGCGGAUAUUCAAUGAGGCGCUAGAAAUGGUAAAAAAAUCUCAGAUUGAAAAGUAUGGUUCAAAUCCUGACGACUCAAAUAUUGUGAUGAACCCUAUGAAAAUCUUUCAUGGAGCAAUUGAUAACGCCAAACCAAUUAUUGGAGUACAAACCAUCAAACGUGGUGGAAAAUCUUACCAAGUACCAAUACCAUUGAAGGAGAGACGUCGAUAUUUUUUAGCAAUUAAGUGGUUUAUUACUAUAGCAAGGUCAGGAAAGGAAAACGGGAUGUCAAAAAAGCUAGCCAAAGAAUUUUUAAACGCCUACAAUAAUGAGGGAGCAGUAGUAAAAAAGAAGAUAGAAUUACAUAAAAUCGCGGAAUCAAAUAGAGCUUAUGCGCAUUAUCGAUGGUGGUAG